AUGGCAGACUCUUUUCUCUUUGAUGUUGCAGAUUCACUCCUUGGAAAACUUGCUUCUUAUGCUCAUGAAGAAGCUUCAAAAGCUUGGGGUGUGUUUGGAGAUCUACAAGGGAUCAAAGACACUUUGGCUAUUGUCAAAUAUAUACUAUUGGAUGCUGAAGAUAAGAAAGACCAAAACCACGGACUACAGGAAUGGUUGAAGCAAAUUCAAAACAUCUUCUAUGAUGCCGAAGAUGUGUUGGAUGAAGUUGAGUGUCAAAACUCACGAGACCAAUUUGUUCAAGCUUCUGGCAGCAAGAGGUUGAAGGUAGGACACUUUUUUUCUUCUUCUUAUUUUCGUCUUAGAAUUUCUCAUCGAAUCAAAGAUGUUAGGGAUAGAUUGAAUAAGGUAGUUGCUGAUAGGAAUUUGUUUGGACUUGAGAGAAUGGAUGUCAAUGCUAGUGUGGAAAGUAGAGAAAUGAGUUAUUCUCAUGUUGAUGCUUUAGAUGUUAUAGGAAGGGAUGAUGAAAAGGAAGAAAUUAUCGAGCUCUUGAUGAAACCCCGUCCUCACGGUGGUGAGGAUGGUGAUAAAGGUCUGUGUGUGAUUCCCAUGGUGGGAAUUGGUGGUUUGGGGAAGACCACACUUGCGAAAUUGGUGUUCAAUGAUAAGAGGAUGGAUGGAGUUUUCCAAUUGAAAAUGUGGGUGUGUGUCUCUUAUGAUUUUGACAUUAGGAAGAUAAUUGUUAAGAUCAUUAACUCGAGUUCAACACCGGUUUUAGCUCUUGCUUACCAAGAAAACAUUGACCACUUUGAUGAUGAGCAGCUCGUGAGUCGUCUUAGACAUAAGCUUUCUGAUCAAAAGUUUUUACUAGUCUUAGAUGAUAUAUGGAAUGUUAACCUUUCAAAAUGGAAUGAGUUGAAAGAUUUGAUAAAAGUUGGCGCAGUAGGAAGCAAAGUUUUAGUCACAACACGCAGUAUGUCGAUUGCUUCAAUGAUGGGAACCGUUCCUGUGUAUACUUUAGAAGGUCUUUCUUUGGCUAGCUGCUUGUCUCUCUUUGUCAAAUGGGCAUUUAAAGAAGGCGAAGAAAAAAAGUAUCCACGUCUAUUGGAGAUUGGAAAAGAUAUUGUGAGAAAAUGCCGAGGGAUUCCUUUAGCAGCGAGAACAUUGGGAAGUUCAUUGUUCUCAAAGUUUGAUUUAGAUAAGUCGGAGCUUGUAAGAGACUCCGAAAUAUGGAAUUUAAGACAAAACAAAGAUGACAUUUUACCUGUGCUUAAGUUAAGCUAUGAUCAAAUGCCGUCCCAUUUGAGACAUUGCUUUGCUUAUUUUUCCCUUUUUCCAAAAGAUUAUCUCUUUUCUUGUGGUGAAAUUUGUAAUCUCUGGGAUGUGUUUGGAUUACUUCAAUCACCAAAUGGAAGUCAAAAGCUCGAGAUUAUUUCAAGAGAUUAUAUUGAUGAGUUACUUUCAAGAUCAUUUCUUCAGGAUUUUGAAGAUUUUGGCCACACAUGUGUUUUCAAAGUACAUGAUUUGGUGCAUGAUCUUGCGGUGUAUGUUGCAAAAGAGGGGUUCGUAGUGUUAAACUCUUGUACUAAGAAUAUACCUGAGCAUGCAAGGCAUUUAUCAAUUGUUGAAAAUAAGUCAUUUGAUCGAACUUUGUUCUCCGAUUCGAAGAGUGUGAGAAGUAUUCUGUUUCCCAUCCAAGGAGUGGGUCUUGAUAGUGAAACACUCUUGAAUUCAUGGAUAUCAAGAUAUAGAUACUUGCGUUAUGUAGAUUUAAGUGAUUCUUCAUUUGAGGCUCUUCCGAAUUCGAUUUCUAAAUUGGACCUUCUUCGAGUUCUCAUUCUUUCUCAUAACACCAAAAUCAAAAGACUUCCCGAUUGUAUAUGUGAACUCCAAAAUUUACAAGUGUUGUCGGUUAGAGGAUGCACAGAGCUUGAAGCAUUGCCUAAUGGACUAAGGAAGCUAAUCAACCUUCGACAAUUGUUUAUAACAACAAAGCAAUCUCUUCUGUCACAUGAUGAAUUUGAAAGCAUGAUCCAUCUUCAAACUUUGGGUUUUCAUUAUUGUGAGAAUUUGAAGUUUUUUUCCAACCCUGCACAACAACUCACUUCCCUUGAAACAUUGUUUGUUCAAUCAUGUGGGAGCCUAGAUGCUUUGCCUCUUUAUAUCUUCCCAAAAUUACAAACUCUUUUAAUUUCAAACUGUGCUGCAAACACAUUAUUUUCCUUGGUAAUUAAAAAUCUUCCAAACCUUACGAUGCUUCCCGAAUUCUUAACAACCAUGACUUGUCUUAAGAGGCUUCAUAUUGUGGAUUGUCCUCAACUGUUGAGUCUUCCAACUGACAUCCAUCGCCUGGUUGUCCUUGAAGAUUUGAGCAUAGACGGUUGUCCUGAAUUGUGCAGAAAAUGUCAGCCUCGAGUUGGUGAGUACUGGCCCGUGAUUUCUCAUGUCAAACAUGUGUUCAUCGGAGAACCAAAAGGAGAGGAGAAUUGA